AUGAAUCAAGAUGCUAAGAAAAUCGCGAAUAACCUCUACGGAAGAGUCAACGCGCCGGCUGUCGAGAGAUGCCGAGUUAACUUUUGCACGGACUUAGAAAAGUCAGUUUUGAUGAGCAACUUUGAGAGGCGGGCGUGGAACCAAGUUGGGCCCGACGAUGAAUGGAACUUCUACUGGGCCUCCACGCAGACGUGCCGCAACUUAUUCAGCGUCGAGAGCGGGUACCGGAUGAAUGACAACCAAAUAAUAAAUCACUUCCCAAACCACUACGAACUGUCGCGGAAAGACUUGCUUGUGAAAAAUAUCAAACGCUACAGGAAAGAACUCGAAAGGGAAGGCAAUCCUUUGGCUGAGAAAGCCGAGGUCGCGUUACACGGAGGUCAAGUGGUAACUCGGUAUGUUCAUCUAGACUUUGUGCCUGUUACGUUUGUUCUCCCAGCCGACUACAACAUGUUUGUGGAGGAGUACCGUAAGUCACCCCAAAGCACCUGGAUCAUGAAGCCGUGCGGAAAAUCCCAGGGAACAGGAAUUUUUCUCAUAAAUAAGUUAUCUAAAUUGAAGAAAUGGUCUCGUGAAGCAAAAACGCCUUUCCAUCCGCAGCUGACCAAAGAAAGUUACGUUAUAUCGCGGUAUAUAGACAAUCCUCUACUAAUAGGGGGCAAAAAGUUUGACCUGAGACUUUACGUGUUGGUCACUUCUUUCCGACCUCUGAAGGCUUAUCUGUUCCAACUCGGCUUUUGUAGGUUUUGUACGGUGAAGUACGACACAAGUGUUACGGAGUUAGAUAAUAUGUACGUACAUCUUACUAACGUUAGUGUGCAGAAACAUGGCGGCGACUAUAAUAACAUCCACGGAGGGAAGAUGACGGUGCAGAAUUUGCGAUUGUAUUUAGAAGGUACGCAAGGCAGGGCGGUUACCGAGAAGCUGUUCGCGGCAAUGCAGUGGCUCAUUGUGCAUUCCCUCAAGGCAGUGUCAUCUGUGAUGGCCAACGACAGACAUUGUUUUGAGUGUUACGGCUACGACAUAAUUAUUGAUAAUCAAUUAAAGCCGUGGUUAGUGGAGGUAAACGCGUCUCCUUCUCUAACAUCUACGACAGUCAAUGAUAGGAUAUUGAAAUAUAAAUUGAUAGAUAAUAUUCUGUCCGUGGUGUUGCCACCUGAUGGUGUACCAGAUGUUCGCUGGAAUAAAAUACCAAACGCCGAAGCUUUGGGUAAUUUUGACUUGUUGAUUGACGAAGAAUUGUUAGAGAAAGAAGAACCUUCCUCACACAGUCGUGCCGUGAAAACGAAAUAUAAAUGAGUAGAAUACAAAACAAGUGCAGUGAACU